CUCAGCUCAAAAUGCUGAACUGCUCCUGGGAAGCCGCUGGUGCUGUGGUAGUUGGAGUCUGUUCUCGGGCCUGAGCCUCGAGGCCAGGCUCCUGGGUGUCGUUAAUGUUCGGGGCCGCCGGGCGCCAACCGAUCGGAGGUCCAGCCGUCGGGAACAGCUGGCAUUUCAGUCGAACCAUGGAAGAACUGGUUCACGAUCUUGUCUCAGCCCUGGAGGAGAGCUCGGAGCAAGCUCGAGGUGGAUUUGCCGAAACUGGAGACCAUUCUCGAAGUAUCUCUUGCCCUCUGAAACGCCAGGCCAGGAAACGGAGAGGGAGAAAACGGAGGUCGUAUAAUGUUCAUCACCCGUGGGAGACCAGUCACUGCUUAAGUGAAGGCUCUGAUUCUAGUUUAGAAGAACCAAGCAAGGACUAUAGAGAGAAUCACAAUAAUAAUAAAAAAGAUCACAGUGACUCUGACGACCAAAUGUUAGUGGCAAAGCGCAGGCCAUCAUCGAACUUAAAUAAUAACGUUCGAGGGAAAAGGCCUCUCUGGCAUGAGUCUGAUUUUGCCGUGGACAGCCUUGGGAACAGAACUCUGCGCAGGAGGAGGAAGGUCAAGCGCAUGGCAGUGGACCUCCCGCAGGACAGCGCUAACAAGCGGACGGUGACCCAGCCCCUCGAAGGCUGUAGAGAUCAGGACAUGGACAAUGACAACAGAGCUUACCAAUGUCAAGAGUUUACCAAGAACAAAGUCAAGAAGAGGAAAUUGAAAAUAGUUAGACAAGGACCCAAAAUCCAAGACGAAGGAGUAGUCUUAGAAAGUGAGGAAACGAGCCAGACGAAUAAGGACAAAAUGGGAUACGAAGAGCAAAAAGUCUCAGACGAACUCAUGAGUGAAAGUGAAUCCAGCAGUCUCAGCAGCACUGAUGCUGGUUUGUUUACCAAUGAUGAGGGAAGACAAGGUGAUGAUGAGCAGAGCGACUGGUUUUAUGAAAAGGAAUCAGGGGGAGCUUGUGGCAUCACUGGAGUCAUUCCCUGGUGGGAAAAGGAAGAUCCUACUGAUCUAGACAAAAAUUUACCAGAUCCUGUCUUUGAAAGUAUCCUAACUGGUUCUUUCCCCCUUAUGUCACAUCCGGGAAGAAGAGGUUUCCAAGCCAGACUCAGUCGCCUUCAUGGAAUGCCUUCCAAGAAUAUUAAAAAAUCGGGAGGGACCCCAACUUCAAUGGUGACCACUCCUGGCCCAGUCAGUAACAAGAGAAUGGUUCACUUUUCCCCAGAUUCUCAUCACCAUGACCAUUGGUUUAGCCCUGGGGCUAGAACAGAGCAUGGCCAGCAUCAGCUUCUGAGAGAUAACCGAGCUGAAAGAGGACACAAGAAAAACUGUUCUGUGAAAACAGCCAGCAGGCAAACAAGCAUGCAUUUAGGAUCCCUAUGCACUGGAGACAUCAAACGGAGAAGAAAAGCUGCACCUUUGCCUGGACCUACUACAGCAGGAUUUGUAGGAGAAAACGCCCAGCCAAUCCUAGAAAACAACAUUGGAAAUCGAAUGCUCCAGAAUAUGGGUUGGACACCUGGGUCAGGUCUCGGACGAGAUGGCAAGGGGAUCGCUGAGCCGAUUCAAGCCAUGCAGAGGCCAAAAGGAUUAGGACUUGGAUUUCCUCUACCAAAAAGCAACCCCACAACCACUGCCUCCAAUUCAGGAAAAUCCGCCUAAGAAGAAAAGCAAAGAAGAGAUGUUUUACCAGUUGUAUUUGCUCUAUGUAUCCCAUUGUUCUAAAAUUACAACAUAUCUUCUAUUUUUGAAGCCGAAAUCUAACAUCAAAGCCUCAAACUUGUCACUCUAGCUUCCUAGCUGCGUACAGUUCUGCCACAGUGAUAGAAAUGGGAUUUCAUCACACUUCAUGGUGCUAAAGUAAAAACCUUUAUGUUUCAAAAUUUUUCAGCGAUUUACAUUCUAGGUGUAAAGAACAGCUCAAUUUCUCCUAUUUAUUUUGAUCUUGUAUGUCAAUAAUUUCUAAUGCUUUAGCUGGAUUCAUUCACGUGUGUGCUCCAUGCCCUGGCAACUGAGCACGCCCGCAUGUUUCUAAAAUGGGAUUAGCCGGAAAGGAUUGUGUUUCACAUCAGCCCUGUCUGUUGUAACCGAAAACACCUAUCAUCACAUCAGUGAAGUCCUAAGCACAUCUGUUUGAAAGGCUGGCCAAUUUCAUAUUCCUUGAACAUGGCUUUUUUGUUAGGAUUCUCUAACAGGGUGACACCCAUUGUCUAUCCUUGGACAGUGUCGUAUGAAGUUCACAGUUGACAAACAGCCAUUAAUGUUUCCCUCUGACAUGUCGACAAAAAUAAACCUCAUCGUUGUGAUCACCAGAGUGCCCUCGACACGACUUUAAUGCAGAUUUUAUAAAUGUUACCUCCUUUAGAACAUAAAGGAAUUAUGGAAAGGAAAAUAUUUUUUAAAUUCACCAUGACUGAACUGUAAAUUCCAUUAAUCUAGACUUCCUUCUACCUCGUGCUUCCCAAAGGUUGAUAUUUUUUUUAAGAUCAACUCAACUGUAGUAAACUGAUUUUAAAUUUUAACCAUCAGAGUAAGUUAUAAUAUCGACUCAAUUUAUUCGAAGAUUUAAGUGGCUCUCCCAAGAAUUCAGAUUUCUGGCAAUGGUCCAGCCCAUAUACAAGGUGAACAAAAAAUGAAAGGUACUGAUUUGCCCUUUCUAACAUCUAAGCAGUUACCUUCAAACCAAGCAAAACAAUUCAUUUUUACUUUGUGCCUCGUAUUCUUAAAUCUGAAUCAUCUGCUUCCUCAUGUCAGAGAUUCUAAAUUGUUCUUAGUUUAGAUGUUGAUUAGUUAUCUCCAUUAUUAAGGACUAAUAAUAAUAUUCUCUUUAUAAUGGCCUUUGUUGGUUGAGUGAAGGCCAAGAUAACUCACGUGAAUCACCCUUCUAAUGUUUUUAUUUUUUUAACCCUUUGUUUUUCUUUUCUUUUUUUUUUUUUUUUUUUGGUACGUGGGCCUCUCACUGUUGUGGCUUCUCCCAGUGCAGAGCACAGGCUCCAGACACACAGGCUCAGCGGCCAUGGCUCAAGGGCCCAGCCGCUACGCGGCAUGUGGGAUCUUCGCGGACCGGGGCAUGAACCCGUGUCCCCUGCAUCGGCAGGCAGACUCUCAACCACUGUGCCACCAGGGAAGUCCAACCCUUUGUUUUUCUAGAGUAGUUUUAGGUUCACAGCAAAAUUAUGGGGAAGGUACAGAGAUUUCUCAUAAAUCCCCUGCUCCCAUGCAUGCACGGCCUCCCGUUAUCAACUUCCCUCAUCAGAGUGGGACAUUGUUACAAUUGAUGAACCUACGUUGACACAUCAAAAUCACCCAAAGUCCACAGUUAGUCUUACAGUUCACUCUUGGUAUUGAACAGUCUAUGGGCUUGGACAAACAUAUAAUGACAUGUCUGCACCAUUAUGGUAUCAUACAGAGUAGUUUUACUGUGAUAAAAUUCCUCUGGGCUCCUGUCUAAUAGGCUUUUGGAAAUUUGUCAAUCCCCAAGAGUUUUUUAAAGGGGGGAGAGGAGGUUUGUGCAUGUAAUAGACCUGUCCCAGGUGGUCCCCUAAAGAAAAUACUGCUGGUUAGGGAGAGGAAGUUCAGCCUGCUAUUUGAAAGGCCUAAAGGUUUGCCAGAUUUCCUUUUAAGGACGCAUUCCUUUUAAGAAUUACCUUCUUUCCUAGGAGUAUCGUGGUAAAAGACAAGUUGGUUAGAGGACUAUAGACUACCAGGUGAGUUGCUCUUAUGCUCUUCUUAGGCUAUCAGUUGAGUGUUCUCAUUGGAUAAAGUAACCUUGGUGUAUGAUUCUUUUCUACAAGUUUGUUACCUGGAAAUCUGCCAUUUUUAAAAAAAGGUUUUUGUUGACUACUCAUUCUAUCUAUGUAAGGGGUAAAAUUGUCUAUAUUCCAGUUUAAAACUUCUUUAUGGUAGUAUACAGUGCUCUAGGAUCUGUUCAAAAGUUUCUUUUUGUUUGUUUAUUUGUUUGCUUGUUUAAUUCCAUUGCCCGAAGAUCUUCUAAAAUCCUAGAAUUUUGAAAAGCCAAAUGUGGAGCCACUGAUAACACACAAGGAGAUUAUUGUGAGACUGACUGAUCCUAAAUUCCUGAGGAUUUGACCGUCUUUUUCACUUUAUCAUGUUCUAACCCUCACAGUGAAGAAGAACAGACCAUAUAUACCAGCUGGCACAGGGGAACUCCUUAACUAAAUAUUGUAGCUGUAUGAAAACUUUUUCUUGCCCUCCUGGGCAGGUACCAACCUUCUGAAGCAAACCUUCUCUAAGAUAUCACUGAGCUUGGGUGCUCUCUAACUCAGCCCCCCAAAACAAUUCAUCUUUAUAUUUUCCCCUGAUAGAAGAAAGGUCUCAAUCUUGACAUCUAGUGCCCUCUCUGUGACUCACAGAGGAUUUCAAACAUCUCUUAUCCUAUGGAAGUGUUUAACUAUACAGAAUAUGUGAAUCAGUACUCAAAGCAGAGAGGUGGCAACAUCCCAAGCAUCCCCCCAGCUCUCACACAGACAUGCACCAGGAGCACAUGUAUCCCUUCACCUUUCAGUGAAAUUUAAGAAAAAUCAAUGCACACCUGAAGUUCUGCAUGGACCUGAACUGAAUCGGAGAAAGAAAUCCAAUUGAAAAAUGCAAUUUGUAAUGUAAGUCGAAUAUCUUAAGAUAUGAAGUUCACUAAUUUAUGUUUUAUAUUGAGUUAUAGUUAAUUUUUACUGGCUCCUAUGCCCAUAGAACCCAAAGCAUCCAAAGGAAUCCAUCCUUUAGAAUGUAUCAAUCAUAUCUCCUUAAAAAGGUGGUUAGAUUUUUCUCUUCUUCAUAAAGCCAACUCUUCUACAGUAUCUAAAGCUUCAUAUCAAAUUAAUUGCUUGUACUAAAAAUUUUAGAGAGUACAUUGGUCUCUUCCACUACUACCCAAAUUAUCCAGUCCCAGCAGUAGCCGAGAGAGGAUGAGUGUGGCUAUAUUAGCACUUCAACUUUUUGCCUUUAUAUAUGUGUUAUACUUGAUAUUAGUCAGAUUGUGUGUUGGGGUCAUUUCCUUCCUUCCUUCCUUCCCUCCCUCCUUCCUCCUUUUUUCCUUCUUUCUCCCCAAAUGCAAUUUUUAAGGCUAUGUUCCCCCCUCAAAUUUAUUUGCUUUUAUUUUUUAAUUAUAUGAUACCCCUUUAAAAGAAAAUCCAUUGCUAACUAAAAUUUACCAAUUAAUUGGUCUCAGCAUUUUAAAACAUAGAUUUUAUAACACACACUGUUUCUAUCAAAGAGAAGUUAAGACAAGUAGGGUUAAAGAUAUGCCUAAUGCAUACAUAUAGGUAUGUUUACAGGGCACAUAUGUGUGCCAUAUACGGACAUGAUGGCAAAAUUGCAUUUUAUUAAUAUUCUUAUUUUAGCAUUGUGAAUUGAUAUUCUUGCAAUUAAUUGACUGACAAUGGCUUCUCUUCAAUAUAUUUUCAUUUUGAGCAGAUAUUUCAUGAAAGAGAAAAAUCACUGUUGACAUGCCUUUUAAAACCAUUUCCUCCUGUACUCUGUCUUUCUAAAAAAAAAAAAGUGAUCUAAAUGAGUAUUGUAAAAUGAAGUUGUUUU